ACCAGGUCCCCUCUUCCUGCCCGAGUAGGCAUCACCACAGCCCGCCUGCAUCGCUCUGCGCUCCGCUCCACUUAUCUGAACCUGAUCUCGUCUGAUCAUCCACUUCCAAAUUGGGUUGUCAUUUUUCUGACCCCUUUGCUCUUCCCGCGAACAGGUCAACGCGCUCUGUACGUGGACGUUUUUGAAGACCGCUAAGAGAGAGAGAAGGAGAGAGAGCUGAGAGAAAUACAGAAAGAGACAGAACUGAGAGAGAGAGAGAGAGAGAGAGAGAGAGAGAGAGAGGGAGAGAGAGAGAGAGAGAGAGAGAGAGAGAGAGAGAGAGAGAGCUGGCUUCGUGGAUCUUCAGCUAUAGUGUUCCCGUCCUCUCUCUUCCAAUACUGGACUCGUUGCGUUGGAGUCUGUAGGCUAUUGCCUCCCUUCGCCGGUGGCGUUCUGUGAACAGUGAUCUGGAUACUAAAACACUGAGCCUUCGAACCGUUGUCCGUUAGCCCAUGUUCCAAUCUAGAACUGCGAAGACUAUAUAUCGUUUAAGCAUUUUAUUUUUUGUUAUAAGAGGAAUCAGAAUUUACCUUGACGAUAUAAACGCAUCGCUGACUUGGAAUCAAAUUGCUUAAUUUUUCAUUCAUUUGAGGGGAUUUUUUUUCUUCUUCCAAGCAAGAAGUCUGGACUGUUACAAGGGAGACGACGGUUCUUGUAAAGACACUGCGCUUUCAAUGCCUAGAUCUGUGCGCGACCAUUUCUGCAGCUUCGUGUGAGAUGUGGUGGGACAGAGAUGGACUGGUGAACACAUUAGGAUCAAAACCUUUCUUCCAGUCAUACAUACAGGGGAAAGAAGGACGAGAAGGAAACAAAGGUGUAUGGUGUCAUCUCUGAGCCGUGAGAGGAGUAACCCCCUCCGAGGUCGUUGGGGUUCAGCAAGAAGUAACAUCAUCAAUACUUCCGGGUCACCGUCUCCUAAGGUCAUGUGGACCUCACGCCUGCUCUUCCUCUUCACCUUGUUCGCCCCACUCACCCUCGCGGUGAGUCGAGCCCCUGUCCCCAUGGCGGUGGUCCGUAGGGAACUGUCCUGUGAGUCUUACCCCAUCGAGCUACGCUGCCCGGGCACAGACGUCAUCAUGAUUGACAGUGCCAACUACGGACGCACCGACGACAAGAUCUGUGACUCGGACCCGGCACAGAUGGAAAAUACUAGAUGUUACCUGCCCGACGCAUACAAGAUCAUGUCGCUCAGGUGUAACAACCGUACCCAGUGUGUUGUGGUAGCUGGACCUGAUGUCUUUCCUGACCCCUGUCCUGGAACAUACAAAUACCUGGAGGUGCAGUACGAGUGUGUCCCCUACAAAGUGGAACAGAAAGUGUUCCUGUGUCCAGGUAUCCUACGAGGCGUGUACCAGAGUGAACACCUGUUUGAGUCAGACCACCAGUCAGGAGCCUGGUGUAAAGAUCCAUUCCAGGCCUCUGAUAAGAUUUACUACAUGCCCUGGACGCCCUACCGCACUGACACUCUCAUAGAGUACUCCUCCAAAGAGGACUUCAUUGCAGGACGACCGACGACUACGUACAAGCUCCCUCACCGCGUGGACGGGACCGGCUUCGUGGUCUACGACGGAGCGUUAUUCUUCAACAAGGAGCGGACGCGCAACAUCGUCAAGUUUGACCUCCGCACGCGGAUCAAGAGCGGCGAGGCCAUCAUCGCCAACGCCAACUACCACGACACGUCGCCGUACCGCUGGGGCGGCAAGUCGGACAUCGACCUCGCCGUCGACGAAAUCGGCCUCUGGGUUCUGUAUGCCACGGAGACGAACAACGGACGCAUCGUGGUCUCGCAGCUUAACCCGUACACGCUCCGCGUCGAAGGGUCCUGGGAUACCUCCUACGACAAACGGACCGCCUCCAACGCCUUCAUGGUGUGUGGCGUGCUCUACGUGGUGAAAAGCGUCUACGAGGACGACGACAACGAGGCCACGGGGAAUAAGAUAGAUUAUAUGUACAGUACCAGCCAGAGUAAAGAAACCUUCGUGUCCAUCCUGUUCCCUAACUCGUACCAGUACAUUGCAGCGGUGGACUACAAUCCCAGAGACAAUCUUCUAUACGUCUGGAAUAACUACCACGUAGUCAAAUACUUACUGGACUUUGGGAACAACGACAACAGAUUGGACUUCAUUCCUCCAGUCGUCCACGGACCUCCCAAAGACCCCUCCUCCUCUUCCUCCACCAGUCGGACCACGACCACCCGGUCUCCUCCCUACUUUACCACGGCGCGACCCCUCCUCACCACCUUCCCCGGUCAACGCUCCCGGACAACCACAACUGUGCGGAACCCCGCCGGUGGUGCCGUGGUCGUCCCCGGCGAUAACCAGAUCCCAGAGAUCGUUAACCCCGGUAACGGACGGUUGGUUCCAGCCAUGGGUGUUCCCCCUCUGCCUCCCCAGCCCCCGGUCAUACCCCCCCAGGACCACUGCUCCCCCAGGCUGACAGCUGAAGUGUCCUGGCUCAGAACCCAGCAGGGACAGAUGGCCAAGCAGCCCUGUCCUGUAGGGACACUAGGCGUAGCUACAUACGUGUGUGUUGCUCAGCAGGGCUACUGGGAUCCCCAAGGCCCCGACCUCAGCAACUGCACGUCUCCCUGGGUCAACCACAUCAUGCAGAAAUUGCGUAGCGGCGAGACGGCAGCCGUGGUUGCCAGGGAGCUAGCAGAGCAGACUAAAGGGUUGUUGCGUCCCGGUGACGUCCCCUCUACGGUGAGGGCCAUGGCCCAGCUGGUUGACCUGCUGGAUGUUCAGCUCAGAAACCUAACCCCCGGUGGCAAGGACAGCGCCGCACGCAGCCUCAACAAGCUGCAGAAGAGAGAGAGGUACUGCAGGUUCUUUGUCCAGGCCAUGGUUGAGACGGUGAACAACUUGCUCCAGCCCAGGGCCCAGGCAGCGUGGAGACAGUUGCCCACAGGAGAGCAGCUUCGCUGGGCUACCACCCUGCUGGACACGGUGGAGGCUGGAGCUUUCAUGCUGGCUGAUAACCUGCUGAAGACGGACACUGUAGAGGAGAUCACCGACAACAUCCAGUUGGAGGUGGCGAGGCUGAGUACGGAGGGGAAUCUGGCCGACCUAACCUUCCCCCAGUCUGAACUACAUGGGAACUCCAUCCAGCUGUCUGCUAGCACGCUCAGACAGCACGGGAGGAAUGGUGAGAUCCGCAUGGUGUUCGUCCUCUACAGGAACCUGGGCUCCUAUCUGUCUACAGAUAAUGCCAGUGUUGGUCUGGGCAGCGAGGCUCUGUAUCCCAACUACUCUGUCAUAGUCAACUCUCCUGUUAUUACUGCCUCUAUCAACAAGGAGAGCAACAAGGUCUAUCUGUCUGAACCGGUGGUCUUCACUGUCAAACACCUACAGCAUUCAGAGGAGAACUUCAACCCCAACUGUUCAUUCUGGAGUUAUUCCAAGCGGUCCAUGACCGGGUUCUGGUCCAGUCAGGACUGUAGACUACUGGACACCAACAGAACACACACCACCUGCUCCUGUACUCACCUGACCAGCUUUGCUGUACUGAUGGCACACGUUGAAGUCAAGAAAACAGACUCCAUGCAGGACCUGUUGCUGGAUGUUAUAACAUGGGUUGGAAUCCUGCUGUCGCUGGUCUGUCUCCUCAUCUGCAUCUUUACAUUCUGCUUCUUCAGAGGCCUCCAGUCAGACAGGAACACUAUCCACAAGAACCUCUGUAUCAGCCUCUUCAUAGCAGAGUCUCUAUUCUUAGUGGGCAUCAACAGAGCUGACCAACCGAUUGCCUGUGCCGUCUUCGCGGCCCUGCUCCAUUUCUUCUUCCUGGCAGCGUUUACCUGGAUGUUCCUAGAGGGGGUUCAGCUGUACAUCAUGCUGGUGGAGGUGUUUGAAUCAGAACACUCCAGAACCAAGUACUUCUACCUGGCAGGGUACGGGGUACCAGCUGUUAUAGUGGCCGUCUCCGCUGCCGUGGACUACAGGAGCUACGGAACAGACAGAGUGUGUUGGUUGCGGUUGGACACAUAUUUUAUAUGGAGUUUCAUAGGCCCUGCCACACUCAUAAUAAUGCUGAACGUGAUCUUCCUGGGUAUCGCCCUCUAUAAGAUGUUCCACCAUACAGCUAUCCUCAAACCAGACUCUGGAUGCCUGGACAACAUCAAAUCGUGGGUGAUUGGUGCCAUAGCUCUCCUCUGUCUGUUGGGUCUGACCUGGGCGUUUGGUCUGAUGUAUAUCAAUGAGAGUACAGUGAUCAUGGCCUACCUGUUCACCAUCUUCAACUCCCUACAGGGCAUGUUUAUAUUCAUCUUCCACUGCAUCCUACAGAAGAAGGUGCGUAAGGAGUAUGGGAAGUGUUUGCGUACCCACUGCUGCAGUGGUAAGAGUGUAGAGACCUCCAUCUCGUCCUCUGGAAAGAACCACACCACGUCUCGAACCCCAGGACGAUACUCCACGGGGUCGCAGGUCAUCUUGCCUGCCUGUACACCUGGACGCUACUCCACAGAAGACUCCCAGAGUCGUAUCAGGAGGAUGUGGAAUGAUACAGUGAGGAAACAGGAGUCAUCCUUUAUGACAGGAGACAUCAACAGCUCAGCCACACUCAACAGAGGAGCGAAGGCUAAUCAUCUGUUAACUAAUACUCUCCUUCAUCCCCAUGGUUCUAACCAUCCUUAUAACUCUCUGCUGGGGGACACCAACCACCAAGCCGUCUGUAACAACCCCAAUGUGGCUGGCAUGUACAACACACAAGCCCCCUACAGAGACACAAAGGGGAUCCUGAACAACGCGCGAGACUCCAGCGUCAUGGAUACGCUCCCUCUCAACGGUAACCACGGCAACAACUACAGCGUGGCGAGCGGCGACUACCUUAGCGACAGCGUCCAGAUUCUAGAUCGCGGCGGCGUCAGCGGUUACAGUACCUACGGCAACCACAAGGAGACAACAUUAGAAAAGCAGAUCCUUAAAGAGUUAACCUCCAACUACACCCCUUCGUAUUUGAACAACCAC